AUGUCUAAAAGCAAUCAAGUUGAAAUAUUUUAUAACGAAUAAGUUUCCCCCUAAGAGUCCAAAAAGAUGAAAUGGUUCGUGUUAUUUGCUUAUAGUUUCUUAGCGUAAACUUUUGAAUUUCCUUAUAGAUUUGCAAAUGUGCUUGGUUUUGUAAGUUAUUCGCCAGUUUGGUUAAAUGCAGCAGUCUACUAUGAUGUCGAUGCUAACGAUUUGUAUUGGAUAGGAAAUAUAUAUUAUAUAACAUUUUUUGUAUUUGGACCUCCCUUUAUUCCACUAUUAGAGAAAAGACUUGAUUUAUGUUUAUAAGUAUCCUCGAUAUUGACAGCAGCAGGAGCUUGGAUAAUAUGGGUAGGGAAACAAAGCUUUUUCAUGUGUUUGGUUGGAUAUUUCUUUAUUGGAGUAAGUGAAGCUUUAUUUUUGGCAGUACCUGUUUGUAAUUAUUUAACUUUAGUUUAAUGUAGAUUUAUCGGAAGUUUGGUUCACUGCUUAUGAUCGCACUUUGGCCACUUGUCUUGGAAGCUAUGCUACUCUAGCCGGAAUCAUGGCUUCCUAUACAUAUUCGUCAUUUUAGUUUUGGGAUCUAAUUGAUUAAGAAGUUAUUAAUGUCAAAAUUGAAGAAAUGAACUUUAUUAUUGCAAUUUUAAAUACUAUUUGUGUCCCAUUUUGUUUUCUUUUCAUAAGAAAGAUAAGUCAAAGAACCAGAAGUGGAGAGGUAAAAAAUUAAUUUAAUAAAUUAUAGGAAAAUGUAAAAUUUUUCUAAUAGUUCUUUGACAUUUUUAGAAUCGAAGAAUUCUCAUUGGAUCUUUUGGCUUUUGCCAUGUUUAUAGGGAUUUCUUGGGUUUACAUUUCUGUUAUCUCACUCCAAUUAUAUCCUUUUGGUUAUACCUAAUUGGAGAUAGGAAUUACUGGCAUAUUUUUUACAGGGUCUGGGAUAAUUGCUGGAAUAUGGAUCUCAUUUAAGUUAGAUUAGCAAGCAAGAUAAGGGAAAUAACCCGAUUACGAUACCAUCAUAAGAUACACCACUUUGCUAGGUUUCUUGGCUUUACUUCUAUAAGCUUUUCUUAUCUCCUAUUUACCCUUUUGGCUUUUGAUUAUAUUGAACAUCUUUAGUGGAAUAGGGUUGAACGUUAUUUAUCCAAUAGCCAUUGAGGCAUUCGUCGAGAAGCUAUAUCCAUUAAAGUCUUUGAUUGUAAGCACUUGGAUCUUGGGAAUAGCAAAUGUACUAUUCACUAAUAGGCUUAGGUCUUGGGCUUUGCUUUAAAUUACAUAUUAGUUUUGCCAACAAUCUUGCAAUAUGGAAUCUGGUUAUCUUUACUAAUUCUUACUCCAUUUUAACUAUACUUUAUAUUGUUUUAUAAAUCUAAGUUUAGACGAUUCGAAUUAUCAAAUUGAAUUUAAUAUAUAAAUUAUAAACUAUUAGAUAUAUGAUUUAUAAACAUCAAUUAAAUAAUCUUCAGAUGAGAUCCGUCUUCAAAGUAUUACGUUACUACUAUCAUAGAAUUUCUAUCGGUUUUCGUAUUAUGCCAAUAUGGAUUUGAGUUCUCCUCAUGCAUCCUUCUAGGUAUUUCUAAUUAUAACUUCAAAAUCAGGCUAGAGAUUUAAAAAUACUUCACACUCAGCACUAUAUUACAAAGCCUCCUUGUGAUCCAAAGAUUAUGACCUUUGGUGCCUUCCACACCGAUCAUCUAUUAGAAAUUGAUUGGUCUGAUAAAAUGGGGUAAAGUAAACACUGAUAAUUAGUUGGUCGAGACCUAUGAUAGUUCCAUUCAAAAACUUAGAACUUCAUCCAUUCUCAUCUUGUUUGCACUAUGCAAUCGAAUGUUUUGAAGGCUCUAAAGUAAUUAUUAUAUAUAACAAUACUUUAAAGGCUUACAAGGGCCCAAACAAUACCAUAAGAGUGUUUCGAUUAGAUUGCAAUAUGCUAAGAAUGAAGCAUUCAGCAAAGAGAUUAUCCCUACCAGAUUUUGAUGGUCAUGAAUUACAAAAAUGCAUAGAAGCACUGAUUAAAGUAGAUUAAGAUUGGAUUCCAGAUCAUCCUGGGUUUAGCUGUUAUAUUCGACCCACUCUGAUAGCUACAGAAGAGGCUUUGGGAGUGAGAGCUUCGAGUAGAGCUAAAUUAUUUGUUGUGCUUUGUCCAGUUGGACCCUAUUUCCCAUCUGGAUUAAAGCCUGUUCGCGUCUUCUGUAAUACAAUUACUGUAUGACAUACUAUUUUAUGAAAGAUACGGUCUUACCCGGGAGGAGUUGGAGAAUAUAAAGUUGCUGGAAAUUACGCUCCUACUGUGUUACCAUUAAAGGAGGUUUAAAAGAUUGGAUUCCAUUAAAAUUUAUGGCUACUUCCAGAUGGUUUGGUUUAGGAGAUGGGUGUGUGUAAUUUGUUUUUUUAUUGGAAAAAUAAAUAAGGCGAAAAUGAAUUGAUCACACCCAUGUUAGAUGGGACCAUACUUCCAGGAGUUGUUAGAGACUCCAUCCUCGUAUUUAUAAUUACACUAAUUUUAGAAUUUGGCAAAAUAAUUUAAUAAGUUUAAAGUUACCGAAAGGAAAGUCUACAUUUAAGAAGUUGUGGAAGCUAUAGCAGAAGGCAGAGUAAAUCAUAAUAUUAUUUUAGAUGAUUGAAAUGUUUGGAUGUGGAACAGGAGUUAUGGUUUAACCAAUUGAGGCCAUCGGUUUCAAUGAUAAAAUCUAUGAAGUUAAGUAUAAUCCGAAUCUGAAUUCUGGGGAACUAACUCAUCAAUUAUAUUAGCAAUUAAAUGAAAUAUAAACUGGUGGAAAACCCCAUGAAUGGAUUAGCAUAAUUUGA